GUUACCACACGGACUCUAGAUUACACGGAUAAGAAACGGGACCGUUACGCCAAAUAUCUUGUCGUGUCUAAGUCACGUGACCGGAGUUUACAUACGGGCAUCGCGGCCAUUUGCAAUCAGCAGCGGAAAUGUAACCAAUUUCCUGCAUUUUAUUUUCAUCGUUGCGCAAUGAAUUGAACAGUUUGGCGAACAUGUUUGCGACAGUUAAUAUUUAACCAAUUGAAGUUGCAGUGAAAGUUAACCGUCCGACUAUCAGCAUGCCUGUCCUUAAGCGAGGCAGAUCCAGGUUGUCCAGUAGGAAAGGAGAUUCUAAGAACCAUGGCAAGCAAUCGAUCGACAAACACUCUGCAGUCAACAUUGAGAUUUCUCAAGAAUGUGAGCCAGAGGCGAUGUGUGACUCAGAAAUAGUGACAGCGUCGGAAGUUAUUAUAGACAAGAAAGCAUUCCAGAUAUUUGAGUACACUUACGCCAGUGACAACUUCUUCCGUCAGUGUUUAACAACAUUAAAAUCCGACACUAGUGAAACUGUGACAGAAGCUGAUGAAGGAAGCUUAGACUAUGCAGAUGAAUAUUAUGUGAUAAUAAACAAACAUGCAUUUCAGUACUAUGAGCAUGAUGACCUGGAUUUAUUUGUUCAAUCAAGAAAAGCUAGACUAUUCAGUAAGUUCAAGGAAGACUGCUCAUAUAUUGAUAAUGAUGAUUAUGUGUGCCAUAAGAAAAGUAACUCAGUCCGCUUUGUGCAGAUGUAUGACAGUGAUGAUUUAAUGAAAUUGAAAUUAGCUGUGUCAGUGAAUGAAGAUUUCAGUGUUAGCAUCCAGGUACAUGACAAAAAGUUACCGUCCAACCACGAAAUAUGGAGUUCCAUUCCAAGAAUUUGCACCACCACGUUCACUAUGUCAAGGAUAUUAAGAGAAGUUGGUCGGUUCAAUAUCUGCUCCGGAAAUCCUGACCCAGACCUUCAAACGUUUAUACCAGAAGGAUCGUACUUGGACGCAAGGGAUGGUCCAUCACGACAAGGGCUACGCACAUGUUACACUGGAACAUCUACCAUAAUAUCAACAAACUGUCAGCUCCUUGUUCAGAGCAAACGUUGUAAAUGUUGUCAGAUCUACCGACGUACAUUACGCACUCUACUCUCUAGGCAAGAGAAAACACCGAAAGUGGACACCCCUAAGAAAGACUGGUUGCACUGUCAAACCCCUUUCAACAAGCUGACACCUAAUCAGAAAUUCUACAAGUUUAAGCAACACCAGGAAUACACAAAAACACUGGAACAAGAGAAUGAGAAAUUGAAAAGACAGAUCAAAAAUGAAAUUGACAAAAAUGGAGUGAAAUUAAGCGAAGAUGAAAGCAUGGAUUUUAUGGAACUGCUGGAAAAUUCUAUAGACACAGAAAGUUCAUUGUACAGAGAAAAUGAAAACAGCUACAAGUCAUUAUUCUGGGAACAGCAAUUGAAAUACAAUCAAUUAAAUGACAAGCGGAAGAUGAGAUGGCACCCAAUGAUCAUAAAGUGGUGUAUUCUACUUCGUAGUAAGUCCAGCAGCGGGUAUGAUACUUUAAGAAAAUCAGGCUUUGUCAGUCUUCCAAGCGAGAGACUUCUGUAUGACUAUACACAUUUGAUUGAAAAUGGUGUUGGGUUUCAACCUAAAGUUGUGGAGAUGUUAUAUAAUGAAGUAUACAAAAGUGAAGAUCCUGAAAGUGUGCCAAAAUGGAAAAAAAUUGUGGGAAUUUUACACGAUGAAGUAAAAAUCCAAAGUGAUCUUGUUUAUGAUAAACAAAGUGGAAAGUUAGUAGGAUUUGUGGACCUUGAUAAGAUGGGAAAUGACUUAAAUAACAUUGACGAGGUCUUGAAAAAUGAGGAUAGACAGUUGGCUAAGCAAGUACUCGUAAUAAUGGUUAGAGGUGUUGCCUCCUCUCUCAAAUUUCCGCUGGCCUUCUUUGCUACUGCCGGGGUGAAUUCUGACCAGCUUUUUGGUUUACUCUGGCAGGCAGUCAUGAUACUUGAACUUGACUUGGAUUUAGCAACUCUUUUCAUUACAAGCGACGGAGCUUCCCCCAACAGGCGAUUUUGCCGACUCCAUCGAGGUCAAAAUGAAGGAGUAAUUUACCGUGCAGUCAAUGACUUUGCUUCAGACAGAAGAUAUAUUUAUUUCAUCUCAGAUCCACCACAUCUCAUAAAAACCACUAGAAACUGCUUUUCAAACUCAUAUGCACAUAAAAAUACCCGAAAAAUGUGGAAUAAUGGAAAGGAUGUAUCGUGGCUACAUAUCGUAAAUCUGUACAGGGACCAUUCUCAAGAUCAGUUGUAUCGGUACUGUAACAAGUUGACGAAAGAACAUAUCGACAUGACAUCCUAUGGCUGUAUGAAAGUGAACAAGGCUGCACAAGUAUUGAGUGAAACUGUCGCUUGUGCCCUGGAAAUGCUGUACGGAGAUCAAGUGUCAGAAACAGUUACAUUCAUCCGUCACAUGGACAAAUAUUUUGAUUGUUUGAAUGUACGCCAUUUAAAUGAGGCACAGGCAACGAGAAAACCAAAUCUCAGACCAUACACUUCUGUAAAUGAUGACAGGCUUAAUUAUUUGACUGGAGAGUUCCUUGAAUACUUUGCACAGUGGAAAAACAAUGUUGAAACAAGACCGGGUGUCUUUUCUAAAUCGGAGAAAGCCGGCAUGAUGUUGAGUUACCAGACAUUAGAAGGGAUUGAAAUGACUGUGAAAUCUGUUGUGGAAUGUGUUAAAUAUUGUCUAGAGAGUGGUGCCGAAUUUGUUCUAACAAACAAGUUUAACCAAGAUCCGAUUGAGCAGCAUUUCGGAGUUCAACGGAGUAGUAACGGGGCCGACACAAAUCCAACACUUCAAACAUUUGCAAACACCAUGGUUAGACUGCGUACGGUCGGUAGCCAAAUGAUUGCUCCCCUACGUGGAAACACUAAGCGAAAACUGGAAUUGGCACCAAUAGACAAUACUCCGUUAGAAAAGAGGCAACGAAGGAAAUCUAAAUAGUGACCUUAAAGUUAAACUGUAUUGGAUAAAAGGGUAAAAAUUGUGACCUUGAUAGUGGAAUUCUUGGAGUAUAUUUUCCACAAAAAUGGUGUAGAUUUGUGUAACUUUACUGAAUGAUAUGUAACUUGUGUUUUCUAAAUAACAAUGUGCCAAAAGUUAAAUUGAAACCAUGUAUAUAAAUGUGUUGGUUCUGAGAAAACUGGUCAUAAUGUAUUUGGGUAAAUUGCCAUCCCAGAUUAGCCUGUGCAGUUCGCACAGGCUAAUCAGGGAUAACAAUUGCCGCUUUUUUGAAAUUUUUUGUUUAAAUUUAGUCUCUUCUUAGCAAAAAUCCAAUUUAGGCGAAAAAUGUCGUCCCAGAUUAGCCUUUGCAUGCUGCACAGGCUAAUCUGGGACGACACUUAACGCACAUGCAUUAUGCCCAGUAUUCUCAGAACACGACUCAAAUGACAUUACAAUUCUUAGUGUUUCAAAAACAGGUCAUGUUUGAUAUUAAGUGCACACAACCCACUAUUUUUUUUUACAGAGUUAUACAAACUGUAUGUCUUUUAAAGGUCUAUGAUGCCUUUCAAUAAAAUGUGGCUGCCACAUCUGAUCAUGUACUCAAAUUGUAUUAAUUGAUUGUUAAAUCCUAUUUUCAACAUUUUAUUUCUCAUGUAUAAAGGGCUAUGCUGGAAUAUUGUAUUAGCGUAGUGUGAUCUGACAUUAUUUAGUUAAUACAUUUUGUUACCUCCCUUUAUGGAUGUGACAAUGUUGUUUCAUGAUUGUACAAUAUUAAAACUAGUGCUUUUUGAACGAUGUACUUAUGUAGACUUUUUAUUUGGACAAAGGCUUAAUUUGUUUUUAACAAAUAUGUUGGAGAUUCAGUGGCUUUUAUGUCCUAACAAUUGAUGUCUGGACUGCUUUUUGAAAGUCUUCAUCUCUUGUUGUAACAUUCUAAAAGUGAACUCUAUAUAUAUUAUCAUAUAUAUUCACAGCGAUUUUCCUCCUUCUUUAUAAAGUACCGGUAAACGGUACUUUCCCAAUCGAACGAAAAUUCCCAAAUUCCCAAAACGGUACUUUCCCAAUCGAGCGAAAAUUCCCAAAUUCCCAAUCGGCAUCUGGAAAAAUCCCAAUCAGCGUCCGAAUUUUUUCUCAAAACGAUAGAAAGUUUCGUAAAAAAACCAACUUUCGGCGAGCGAACAAAGAAAAUCGUAUAGUUGUGUGUAACCACGCGCUCGAUUAAUUUCGGGUUUUAUUAUUCAGCGCAUUCAAUCAAUAGAGUUGUUACUGUUUCCGGUUCUUUUGCCAGGCAGCCAGCGUACUGUUUUACGUCGGUUUGUAACCUUAUCGUAGUUUGAAAUGAGUCAUAAUAGCAAAUAUUAUGCCAAAAAACCAAUCGGAACCAUCAAUCACAGGACACAUUGACAGCAAUAAUGAUGCUGUGCAGGGAGGGAUGCAAGCAACUGAGUGAUGAUUAAACAUCAAAGAUUGUUGAAAUUUCACAAAAAUGAAAGAGAGAGACAUUGCUUUAAAAGAGAUUAAAACAACUAGUAAUUGAUUUGGUGUGUUCUUUAUAAUAUUUUGUUAUUUAUAUAAACUUUAUAACUUAAUGGUCAUUAAGGCAUGCCUGCAAAUGAUUAUUUAAAUGGGUAUGUUCAAUUAAGUAUGAACUGUAUGAUGUAUUCAAUAAGACCCAAACUUCACGACGCGAUUUUCCCAAUUUCAGGAUUUCACGACUCGAUUUUUCCCAAUUUUGAGGUUUUCACGACUCAAUUUUUCCCAAUCGGACCGGUACGGGUACUUUUCCCAAUUGGACAAGGAAAAUCGCUGAAUAUUCAUCUCUUGUUGUUAAAUUCUAAAAGUGAACUCUUUAUAUAUAUUAUUAUAUAUAUAUAUAUUAUAUAUAUAUAUGAGGCUAAUGAGCCUCGUCAUGAGGAAAAGGGACCUUACAGCGAUUGCGACCAGUUUGGAUCACCUCAGUCUGAUCAAGAUCAAAACUGUUCCGUUAAAAUCUUUGACUUACUGGCAUGAGUAUUGAACAGAUUGAAUCCUGAUCAGACUGCGCUUUCAAGCACACGCUGAUCUGGAUCUUAAAUGUUCGCAAUCACCUUAAGGUCCAUUUUCUCACAACGCGACUUUUUGCAAUGAAAACUGCAGGAAUUUUAAUGGCAGGAUUUUUAAUGUUUAAACCUUAACCACUCUUAUAUAUAGUAUUAUAUAGUAUUUUCAAUGUAUUAUAUCAUGAAGCGUGAGACUUUAAUAAAAUAUAGUAUUGUUA